UAAAGCAUUGUUGGUUAAGGGCUUGUAAGUAAGCAUUUCACUGUAAGGUCUAUUACACCUGUUGUAUUCAGGGAUAUGUGACAAAUACAAUUUGAUUUGAAUUGAAUUAACUAAACAUGGCCAUUAAUAAUUGCAUAAUAACACAAGGCUACAACAAUAGAGUAAUAUGCUGUUUAUUAAAUCUGUUUGCCAGCUUCAGGUACGCUACACAACUGGCACAAACUGAUUUGCGAUGACUCCAGUGAUAUCUUAAUUUCAACAUAUUUAUUGUAUCAAAUAGGAGGUUACAGUAGCCCACAAUGGCAUAUAAAUGAAUAGUCUAUUUGAUGGCCAACUGAGGAAAAUGUAGCCUAUCAUUCUCCACAUUUAAUGUAAUUUUCAUUGUGGACUUUUUCCCAUAACAGAAGCAUGCUAGGGAGUUCCAUAACUUCCAUUUCCAAUUUCCACACGCACAGCGUUCCAGACCCUAGAACUGUGCAUGAGUAAAACCUUUUACUUUAAACCACUUCUGAGCGAAUGUACCUAAAGAGCUCUUGUGCGCCUAAAGUCCUUUUGAAAUUCUUUGUCGCUGUUAUAUCAGUUAUUGUGCAUUAAUAUGUUUUAUGAACAUAUUAAUAAACACACCCCUCCCCCACCAUUCACUCACUCACUCACCCAAUAACAGCAUGCUCACUGCCUGAUAUAUAUAUAUAUAUAUAGCAUAUACGAGCAAUGGCAUGUCGGCUGCGGUGAAAUUGAGAAGUAUGCCAAAACACGCCACAAAGACAUUUUCAUCUGCGACAUCUUUUUCAAAGUAGACCAAUUCGCAGAAAAAUCGCGGACAUGGCAACUUUGCUUUCGUCACAAGAUAGAAAGUGCAAAGAGGAAAAAAUGACUCAGUUUUGUGGUUGUGGUCCCCAAUGUUGAAAGAAAAUUAAUGCUUCUGCUUUCUCUGUCAGUGAGGUAUUUGACUUAGAUUGGGACUCAAUGGAGCUGUCUGAAAGGUGCAGCAUUCCAAUGAAUGAUUAUGAGGAUGCCACAGGGUUACAGACCCCAGGUGCAGGGACACCUGGAACAGAAAACAUCUACCAGUCUCUUCGGUCUCGAAACAUACCGUCAAUGCAGAGACAGGCAAAGUCACAUAACAGGAUGCAAUGGAAAACGCCUGUGUUCCCUCUACUCCUCUUCAAUGCACUUCUACUGAUUAUCAUUCUGGUAAUUGUUGGAGUUCACUAUUCCCAUUUCGCCGGGGCAUUGUCAUCUAAAAAUGGAGAUUUCAGACAGAAUGAAGAAGUGUGGCAUCUCCACCACAAUGGGUUCUAUCUAUUCUGGCAGAGUGUGGGGGAUUGCUUAGCUGCUGAUAGCUUCUGUCAGCAGAACAACGCUACUCUGACCACAUUGCAGCCACAUAACACGGUUUGGUUGUUGGCCAGGGCCAGAGGGCAGCAGCUUUGGGUCCUUAAGCUGAGGGGUACGACCGAGGGUUCUGCAGAUGGUGCCACAGAGGAUGAUUCUGAAAAUGAUGCUGAUUGUGCCCUCUUGACUGGUGAUCCCACCCAGCCCUCAAUGAGCCCAGAUCACAUGAAGAGCCAGGGGUGGGUGUGUGAGAGGAAGGCCUCUCCACCGCACGUCUCUGGACAUCAUUAAGAUCGAAUGUAUUCCAUUCAGGAAGGAAAGCAGCUUUUCCUUGAAUUUUUUCACUUUUUGUCACAAUAUGAAUAGUUUUUUAAUUCCUUGAACAAUGUCCUUGUUUUAAUGACCAAAAUGUCUUGCUUAAUUUUGGUCGUUAAUAUGCUUUGAUUCUAUCCUGCAUUUCAGGGCAACCACUUGUGUCAGUGAACACAAGAGGGUGCUAUGUAAUUGUAGAGAUUCAAUAAGGUCUGCAAAGAACAUUUUGUUCACAGGAGAACAUUAAUGAAACAUGCACACGUUUUCUUUACAUGCAGAAGAAGUCACUGACCUGUAGAUAAAACCAUAAGCUUGCUAGGCUUCUCAUCAUCAUUCAAAUUAUGACUGAAGCACUACAAAAAUGUUGCUGAAACAUCUGUUUAAAAAAAAUAAUAGUCAUUUAGCUAGGCAAGUCAGUUAAGAACAAAUUCUUAUUUACAAUGACAUCAGCCUACCCCAGCCAAUCCCGGAUGACGUUAAGGCUAAUUGUGCGCAGCCCCAUGGGACUCCCAAUCACGGCUGGAUGUGAUGUAGCCUGGUUAUAAACCACGGACUACAGUGACACCUCUUGCACUGCCUGUGCCUUAGACCGCUGCGCCACUCGGGAGCCCAACACUUCAGAUAUAUUCUCAUCUAAAAAUGUACUUUUAUUUUAGUCCAAACCACAGUAGACUGUAUAAAGAAAUAACUGUAAAUGUUGAGACAUUUACUCAAAUUAGUUUAGCGAAACACACUUUCUAUAAAAAUGUAUCUUCGUGAAAUGUCUUCAGAGAGACCUGAGCUGAAACAUUAAACAGUCACAAUUAUAUCUCCUCUC